GAGGGACUCUGGUUUGCAUCAGCUGGCGGUGCAUACUCUUGACAUCCGAUCAGUCGAUACUCAUCUGUGUCUGCAUCUUUCGUCGAUGAGGCGAUGAGCGCACCAGCAGCAGCGGCAGCUGCAGUAGCAGCAUCGGCAGCAUCAGCGGCCAACGGGACGACAUUGACCAAGCCAUCCCGAAGGACGCUGGCCGACUUCUCCAAACUGGGACUCUCAUUCCUCAGGAGAUACGUUGUAAGCCGCCAACACACUCGCACGCACCUAUCCUCUGCCCGCGACAGCACAGCACGCUUGUGUGUGUUUGUGUGUUGAGCAGGCCCACUUUCACCUGGAGGAUGUUGACCCAGGCCAGGCGAAGGAGGUGCUCGUCAAGGCCGUGGCUGAGCACUUCGAGCAGAUGGAAAUCAACCCCGACGAAAUCAUCAAGAAGUUCCUCGAAAUCAAAAAGGCUCAGGAGGUCAGUCAGUCGACGGCCGGGAGGGUCGGCCAGCCAACACAUACACACGCCUGCCUGCCUGCCUGCCUGCCUCCGUGUGUGCCUGGCUGUGUGCAGGAGAACAUCCCCGAGGGUCCGCCACUGCUGCACCCCAUGUCAGCGCUGAACGGCAACCUUCGGCAGGGCCGCACGACCCGUCAGGAGGCGCGCAAGCAGCAGCAGGCACAGCAGGAGGCGCAGCAGCUGUAUGACGCCUCGCCUCUGCUGCCGGGGGAGGGGGCGCUGUCCGGCUCACUCAUGGAUAGCAUGGGCGACGGGAUGGGCUCGCGCAAAGUGACGGCCAGUGACAUGGGCAACGGAGCCAGCAGGUGGGUAGGUGGAUGGAUGAAUGGAUGGAUAAUGGGGCGAAUGGCUGUGCUGCGUAUGUUGUGGGCGUGAUGCUUUGCAGGAAGGGUUUCGGCAAGAAGCCAAAUGCGGUGAGUGACCAUAUGCACUGCCUGAGUGAUGUUGGGUUGCCCUCAUAUCUUUCAAGAUUGAUCUGGAUGGAUGGAUGGAUGGAUGUGUGUUUGUGUGGUGUUUGUGUGUGCAGGGCAAUGGGAACGGCAAGGGGGUGAAGAAACCCAUCAAGAAGAAGAAAUAGACGGAGGCAGGCAGGCGGGGCGGGUCUGGUGUAGCUCACUCGAACCUGCCUCUCCCUCUCUCUGCAUAUCUUGAGUCUGGCCGCCCUUUGAUGCAUGCCUUGAAUUCCGAGAGACAGACACUGUGUCCGUAAGACUCUGUCUGUCUGUCUGUCUGUCUGUGUGUGAAUACUGAAUGCGUUGAUCCACCUGCACGCCGUCACUGACGUUUCCA